UCGAACAUACUUCAAGACUCAAGGUGAAUUGGAUUCACAUCUCAGGGUCGAAGCCGUUGAUCAGCUUUGCGAGAUCAUGAACGAAUCUGAGUUGUGUGGGGAGUUCAAAUUUGGACCCGACAUUAAAGAUCGCCUCAAGGCCAGAUCCGCACGGAAUCAAACAAAUGCAGAGAAGUGGAAGCAAUUAUACAGGAUUAUCUUCGAUGUUAGAGAAGAUGAGAUGCCCAUACCAUACUACGAUCAUGAUAUCUCGGCGCUUGACCGAGAAGAGACCUGGAAGGAAUCUGCUCGACGCGAGAUUGUGAUUCUUCUCCGACAGCGUAUCGAAGCCGAAGUUGAGCCAAAGUUUACGAACGUGGCUCCGGAACUUAUAGCCGGGCUCCAGGACAUCGUCCACGAUGUGGAGCUUAUUCUGAGGCGAAACUUCGAAAGGAGACAAAAGGAAGCUCGAAAUCUAGAUCGAGAAGAGACACCAGGAAGACCGCCACCAGUUCUCGAUGAAACAUCGGUGAAUACGGCUCAGACACCUGGUGACGACGAAGGAUGUAUGACUGUUAUCCUAAGAGAUAAUGUUUUCUACAACGGAAGCCUUCCCCUCGAUGGUCCGCAGCAUCAGGUUCUCCCUUUCUGGCCCAAUGAGCCGGAAGCGAGCGCCGUGGGAAUGGCAGAAGGAGAGCAACCUCUGAAAUCUUCAUUGUUAGACAAUUUCUACUUUGACUUUCUCAAUGAUGAUGAAGGCAAUGACACGCUCUGA